AUGGACAGAAAAGUGGUAGAUAAUAAACUUUAUGGCACCAAAUCGAAGGUCGAAUCGUUGAAUCUGGUCUUUCUGGGCUACAUGAACGCCGACUGCACUUACCUUACCAAACAGGCUGGAGAGCAACUGCGUUUGAGAACAGACGAUCAGUAUGCAUGGCACAUUACAGGUGAUAUGGACACGACUGUAUCGGACACAAGCUGUGCCUACGACAGGUUUGUUGUUCUUCUGUGA